GGCACUAUCAGUUGGUCCGCGAUCGCCAAGAGGCAAACAUCGAAUAAAUACGGCGUAAAUUCUAAAAAACACAACUGAGAUUACUAGAAGGCAAUGUUGCUGCUGGGAUUUUUUUUGGUCCAUGUGGCUAUGCUUUUCGGCAGGCUGCAGGCCACCGAUCUACCUUAUGAGACUUUGAGGGAGCAGAUAAUGGAAGCGGAGCGAGUGGCCUCCUUGGGAGGCAAUAUCUGGCUGUCAUCCGAUGAGGAGAAGGCCAACAGCAUCCUGAUGAAUGCCAAGCGGGCGGAGAUCGCCGAGGGCCUGAAAACCCCAGAGAAAUAUGCCCCGGCGAUGCAUUUCUUCCAGGGAAGACAGUAUGUGCGCCAAAGUGAGGUAUUCCGGAUGAUCCAAAAGAUGCCAAAAGGUGCCUUUCUGCACGGUCACAACACGGGAAUGGUCACUUCACGAUGGAUCAUCCAGAACCUGACCACCACCAACAAUCUCUACACCUGUCGGAAUGUGGAUGGAUUACUGGUGUUUACCUACGAUCAAACUGGAUGCCAUAGCGAGGUGCAAAAUGUGUGUACGGAGCGAAUAAAUGCCGAGGAUCGUGGAAAAUAUGAGCGACAGCUGGAGAAGCACAUCAACAUGCAUGGUCCCCGGCCAGAAGCGCUGUUACCUAAUCGUAAAAAGAUCUGGGAGCGCUUUGAGAAUAUUUUUACCACCGUGGACAGACUCUACAAAUAUCGACCUACAUAUUGUGCCUACCACAAACGCCUUUUGGAGGAGCUAUGCGAGGAUAAUAUUAUUUAUGCUGAGAUUCGAGCUUCCCUGUCGCCUCUUUACGACGACAACAACCGCACUCUGAGCACUUUGGAGGUAGCCAACGAAUUGGAACGCAUUGUGGAAGAGUUCAAGGCCAAGCACCAUGACUUUGUUGGCCUAAAAGUGAUUUAUGCCAAACGGAAUCGCGCCACAGAGGAUGAAAUGCUGAGACGCAUAACCACAUUUAAACAGCUGCACCAUGCCAAGCCAAACUUUGUGAUAGGAUUCGAUUUGAUCGGUCAGGAGGACACAGGAGAUCCGCUGAAUAAGUAUGUAAACCAACUUUCCGAUCUGCCCAGCACCGCCAACUACUUUUUCCAUGCCGGCGAGACAAAUUGGCAUGGGCGGACUGAUUGGAACAUGAUGGAUGCUAUUCUGUUGAACACAAAGCGCAUAGGUCACGCAUUCGCUCUACCUAAACAUCCACAACUAUGGUCUACUAUCAAAAAGAGGAACAUUGCCAUCGAAGUGAAUCCCAUUUCGAACCAAGUUUUGGGUUUUGUCUGGGAUCUGCGAAACCAUCCUGCUAGUUUCCUGGUGGCCGAGAACUUCCCCAUCGUGAUAUCCUCCGAUGAUCCUGGCGUCUGGGGUGCCAAGGGUCUUAGUUACGAUUUUUACUACGCUUUUAUGGCCUUGGCUCCGGCGGAAGCAGAUUUGCGAUUCCUCAAACAACUGGCUUUGAAUUCCCUGAAAUACUCAGUUCUCACCUCUGAUGAACGGCGGAAGAUCAAUCGGGUUUUCCAGCGCAAAUGGCAGGAGUUUAUUGCAAAUGUAUUGAAUCCAAAGUUUUAAGCUAAUACAAAAGUCACUAGUCUAA